UGUAUGCGCCAGCGCCAGUCCCAUGCAUUAUUGGCUGUGCGAGUGAGAGAAGUCCUCUGUUGUCAUUACUAAUGGUUAUCAAUAAUAGGAUGGAGAAGUGGUCGGUGCGCGAGUGGUACUCGGGGCGGGGCGUGCUGGUGACGGGCGGCGCGGGCUUCAUGGGCAAGGUGCUGGUGGAGAAGCUGCUGCGCGCCGCGCCCGACGUGGGUCGCGUCUUCCUGCUGCUGCGCCCCAACAAGGGCAAGACGGUGCAGCAGCGGUUGGACGAUAUGCUGCGCUCACCGAUGUUCAACAGAAUUAGAAACGAACGAAAAGAAGUGCUCGAAAAACUGGUUCCAAUCCAGGGAGACAUAACUUUCGAGGACUUGGGAAUGUCUAGCGAGGACAUGGAGGAGGUGGUCUCGGAGGUGUCGGUGGUGUUCCACCUGGCCGCGAGCUUGCGGCUGGAGGCGCCGCUGGCGGACAACGCGGCGCUCAACCUGGCGGGCACGCGGCACGCGCUGGCGGCGGCGCGCCGGCUGCCGCACCUCGCCGUCUUCGUGCACGUCUCGACCGCCUUCUGCUACCCGGAGUAUAAAGUGUUGGACGAAAAGAUUCAUAGUCCCCCAGCGGAGCCGGACGACGUGCUGCGGCUGUGCGAGUGGCUGGACGCGCGGCAGCUGGCGCUGCUGGAGCCGACGCUGCUCGGCGCGCACCCCAACACCUACACCUACACCAAGCGGCUCGCCGAGAGCCUGGUGCACGCCGCCUACCCGGAGCUGUCCUGCGUCAUCGCCAGACCCUCCAUCGUGUGCCCCGCGGUGUCGGAGCCGCUGCCGGGCUGGGUGGACAGCCUGAACGGGCCGGUGGGCAUCCUGCUGGGCGCGUGCAAGGGCGUGAUCCGCUCCAUGCUGUGCGACGCGCGCGCCGUCAUUCCCAUCAUCCCCGUGGACUACGUCAUCAACGGCCUGCUCGCGCUCGCCGCCAUCGAGGGAAACAAACAAACGAGGUCAAAAGAUAUACCUAUCUACAAUUUGAAUUCGGGAGACAAAAAGUCAACAACUUGGGGUGAAGUGCUACUUAUGGGGAGAAAGUACCACCUGAAGCACCCCCUAGCGUGGCCUUUAUGGUACCCCCACCUGAAGCUCACCACCAAUCGCUUCGUGCACGAAACUAGGCGAUUUCUCUUCCAUCUAGCGCCGGCAUAUUUGAUCGAUUUUCUGCGUUUACUCGCAUGCCAGAAACGAGUCAUGGUAAAGAUACAGGAGAAGGUCACAAUUGGACUGAACGGGUUGCAAUUCUUCACCAUGCGGGAGUGGCACUUCCCUUGCACCAACUUCGACUCCAUCCCCGCCAUACUGUCGGAGGAGGACAACAAGCUGCUCCCCACGCACGAGGACUUCGACGGGCAGCAGUACAUGAACAACACCAUCGAGGCCGGCCGCGUCUACUGCUUCAAGGAGGACCCCGCGAAGGUGCCGUUCAACAGAAUGUACAUCAACUUUUUACUGGUGCUGGAUACGCUAGCGAAGGUGGCGCUGGGCGGCGCGGCGGCGUGGGCGCUGGCGGCGUGGGGCCCGGCGCCGGCGCCGCUCUUCAACCACGUCCCGCUCCUCGGCAGGGCAUUUCAACCAUCCAACUGACACCAGACGACUCUGACGACUUGGAAAUAUAACCACAAGUCACUACUAGUGUAGUUCCCUCGGGUAGCCACAUGUCGAUAUUAUAUUAGCACGAUUAAACAUCAUCAAACUUUAGGUAAAAUGAAUAUAUAUGUCGGAGAAUGACCAAAAUGUGGUUUAAGAUACGUUUUAUGACGCUAUAUUUGACAAAUAAAGCGUCAUAAAACGUAUCUUAAACCACAUUUUGGUCAUUCUCCGACAUAUAUAUAAAUUUAAAAUGUCUGCUUUGGGUGAGACUCGUACUCACGGCCUCUCGAGAGUAUAUUAUUCUAAGCACAGUAGCAUCGUUUGACGUUUCUGCUAAUCAGAUGUUAAUUUUUUGUGAAAUUAAUAUCUUUAAAAGGUAAUUAAACUUAGUUUUUAGUAAUGAAGUGGUAAUGAACAUCAGCAUAAUUUAUGAAUAGCAAUGUCUUGCCUUCAUAAUUACGAGUAACAUGUCUUAAAUAUUUGUCCAAUUUUUGGUACUUUAAAUUUAGAAUUAAAGUCGAUCCGAAAAUGUUUAGCUGAA